AUGCUCCACGUGACGCCUCUGCCAAUCUUUGACCCAAUUAAGGAAAACAAAAUGUCAAGUAAAAUGUUUGCAGACUGCCUUCUCACUGUGGAAUUCCUGCACGUUUUCACAGAGGUCCUUUGCAUUGAUUCAGAGACAAUUCCAUCGCUCGGGACUUUGCAGUCCGCCCUCGUCGAUCGCAACAGAAGUUGUCUGGAUGCGGUUACGCAUGUUAUUGUGGAAUUGCUAAAGUUCGCCAUCUUGGAUCCAGGCAUACCCAGUCCUCGUAUCGUUACGCAACUGUUAGGCCAACGUUUCAGCGAGAUGGAAGUUAGUUCCUCAACUGUAACGGGGCUACUCCGCGUUUUCCUAAUUGGUCGAAGGGGCUACGAGGAUGAAAUGUCUGACUGGCUGGCACCUACAAACGUUAGUCACCUUUCAGAGCUGUCUGGUGAGAAACUUGCCGCCUUACUGGCCUUCGUUUGCGAUGAAUUAGUGUGUUCCAGUCGCCUUAUAUCCACGGAAAUAGACCGGACGAUCGACCUUCAGGCAUCCCUCCGGAGGGAAAAGUUUAACCUCGAAAAUAAAAUAAGACGGAUUCGCAUUCUUUUGGCCCGGAAAUUCGGCACUGACAUGAAUAUGACACAGUUAUAUAGUGGGUCACAACACAACACCGACCCACAGCGAUUAAACUUGGAGGAAUCUUCUAAAUCCAACCACUGUGCCCCUUUACCCGCUGAAUCUAUUGAUGCCAAAGUCAAACGCCUGGAUUACAAUCAUACCGUGAACAAGAGAUACAUCGAUGAUACCGAACCAAAAAUGUGCCCCCUCCUUCAGAAGACGACCAACGGUUCUGAGCCUUGUUCCAAAUUUUCAAAUGCACACAUUCGGCAAACAGCUAUUCUGGCAGCCCCCUGCUUCGCAGCCUCACCAAAUGCCUCUGCAGCCGUUUCGGCAGCUGCCAUCGCGGCAACCUAUAACUCGGGUGAUGAAGAGGAUGUGGACACUGCCGAGGAACUGGAGAAACGUCUCGAGACCCUCAACCAAGUUCUUGAGGCGAAGCAGCUUGCUAUAGACGAGUGUAGCUAUCGCCUCUCGGGCAUUUAUCUCGGUCAGGAUCGAUACUUCCGCAAUUACUUCGUUCUUGGUUCCGUCGGCGGCAUAUUCGUUGAGGGUCAGGACAUAUCCAGCGUCUUCAAUUCGCCUGAGAGCCUGGGACUGCGAGCGGAAGGUUCGGGAACACUCUUUGAUCCCGACCUCAUUGUGGCUGAGAUCAAGGCCAGCCGAAAACUGGCUGUCAAAAGGCACUAUAACUUUUCUGGUACCGCUGGCGUUUCCUCUGCCUCCUCUUCGUCUUUCAGGUGUUCUCGCAAGGACACAGUCACAACUGUACCUAUCAAGCCAGAGCCUAUGAGUGCGUCUUUGGGAGACGUUCUUUCCCCAGCCUCUGCGGAAGGAAGGGAUAAUUCAGAGCCUCCUACGAACCAGCCACAUGUUUUGAACUCAAAACAGGAUGAGGUCAACGUUGUUGCUACCCAGACAGAACCGUGUAACGAUGAUAGUGCUUCUCACCAGGAGAUGAAAGUCGACUCCGACGACAAUUCCAAGACUCUUUCUUUCGAAAUCAAUGUCGAAGUGAAAGAUCAAGACCCCGUCUCCUCUGAAGAGGCCUAUUAUACAUCUCUAGCAUAUAAUAUAGAUGAAGGAAAGAAUCCUGAGUGCGGUGGACCUCCCGAGUCUAGCCCAACAGUUGAUACCACCCUAAGUUCGUCCCAUCUUGAGCCAGUACGCACAACUUCCAUAUGCCCUGCAAAGUGCGAGGAGAUUUGUGAAAAUGAGAAGUUUGCUCCAGUUUUCAAGGUAAGUCCGGAGCCUGAAGACGUGGGAACUAAGGAGGAAGACUCAUUCCAAUCAUCCUGUCAACCGCUGGACCUUUCAAACAAAAAGAUACAAAAUGGCGCCGUACCAGAGCCCGAUAACGGCACUUCGACUCCUUCCUCAAAUAGUUUUACGAAAGAUGUUGCUGACUACAUUCUUUGGAAUUCCUUCACUGAGCAGGAUCUGACUUUCGCACUUGAGCAGUCUGGCCUUGAUGAGCCAUUUCUUACCACAGCAGGGCUUCUCUUCGCUACUCAAACGGGUUUGUUAGACCGCGCCUCAAUGGGUGGUUCCUGCACACUGAAUGACCCGACCUGUCAUGUGGUUCUCUUUUACAAGCUUCAAAUACUUCGUGCUGUUGCCUAUGAAAUGAAGUCGGCUGCAAUCUCGAAUGGUGAUCAAAAGGGUGAUGAUUCCCUGCUUACAUCUUUGCGUCAAUUGAAAAACUGGUUGAGUGAUGGAGCAGUGAACCCCUCGGAAGACGGGUCUCGGUUCUACGACAGUGAUCCUAUGAAUGUCGGUGACGCUGAACUCUUGCUCCAGGUGGAUGAGUUACUGGAGAAGCGUGGUGUCCAGUUGCAGCCACUAACCACUAGGAAGCCAGCUCAAACAACUAAGGAUGACGUAGAUCAUGCCGGCGUUAAGGUUUCUGCUCAUCUUCCCCCUCAAGAGUUCACGAACUGUUGGUGGCGCAUUCACGAUCUGGAGACCUUGCAGUCGCUUCUUGGUGCUCUUUCCCCCCGGGGCAUCCGUGAACGCAUGUUAGUAAAGUCAAUACAAAAAAACGAAGAGAUGGUUGGCCCUUCUGUCCUGGUAGACGCGUCCUCGGUGAUAGAUCUGCACACCAUAUCUGCUGCCUUGGCUGAUGGAUGGAGCCCCAGCCUGCUGCGGGUGCGUUCUCGUCGUGGAAAAGGUCGCGGCAGCAAUGCUCCAUUUCUCACCACUUCCGGUUCUACUUCCACUUUGGCCUCCUUUGGCGGUGUUGGUGACGCCCAAUUCUCCGCCGCGAAGAUGUCGCGUUCUGGCAACUCUACCUGCUCCCUCUCGAGCGAAGCGGCCGAUCGAUCCUCAACUACAUCAUCGACGCCAGAAGAUGGGAUAUAUGAUGCGUUCAUUACUUCAAUUCCAUCGAAUCCUGCAACAGCACGCAACAUCGAGCAACGGGUCGGAGUGGCAGACGUGGACUCAUGUGACCAAGAGUUUCUGGAAGAAUGUCAAUGCUUAGAAAGGAUUGAAGGCCUUGUGGAUCGUGCCCUCUCGGCAAGUCUCCAGGUCAAGGGCUGGCAGAGGUCCCGUUUUGAGCAGUGGCCACUAGACGUCGCGCGUGAUCGACUACGUGACCUCGAGGCCCAUCUAGAACGGCGCUACCUGCUGCCGCCCCUAAACUGUGAAUCCCAACUGGACGUGGUAGAAGAGGGCGAUCAGGAGGAGGAAGUCUCAACCCUCCCACCACCAAUGUCCCAAGGGCAUUCUCACUGUGGCACCGGGGCUGGCGGUGGGCCUGAUACGACCAACACGGAGGGUAGUAUAUACAGUGAC